AUUUUUAAAGAGACUGAGGUAUGCAAGAGGCGUGACAUAUUAUUAAAAGAAACAAAAAAUUCAUGAUUGAUGUGAUUAACCAAUUACUUGUCACUAAUUUAUAUUAAAACCAGCCGGUUUCUCUAGAAAUUGAUGAAAGCAAAGAUUAUUUGAGUAUGACAAUAAUAUUAUGAAACACAUAAUACCAUAACCUACAAAAUAAUUAUGGGGAAAGCAUAUUCCUCUCUGAAAAAUCCAUUAAAAAAUUUUAAUCUGGAAAGCAGAGCCCAUAAGGUGAUAUCACAACCGAAACCAAUACCUGCACCUCGGCAUAAAAGAGAACAGGAUCAGUAUGACCGAAUGUUGCAAGAAUAUCCAAAGGAGUUUGAGGAAAGUUUAAAGAAAAAUGAAGAGCUUGAUAAGAACUUAAAAAGUGUUUUUGUUACUUCCCAAGAUCAAAACAUCAAUAUUAAGCCGGAAGCAAAUCCAAACAGGCCUCUACCGACAGACAGGAGUCAAGUAGUACCUUCCUUAUAUGGAAUAAAAGAACCUGAGCCCAAUAAAGUACCAAUAGGAAGAAUUACAUUAGGAAAUGUUUUAGAGUUUAUAUCAAAAUAUCAGGGAGAUCCGAAAAAUUAUAAUGCAAAAGUGAUAGCGGAAAAGUACACCUUGCAAGAGGCAACAGUUCGAAAUAUAUUGAAGUAUUUUAGAGUCUUUGAGGUAUACCUACCUCAAGAAAGAACGAAAACUAAUGCAAAAUUUGUAGGGCCCAGUAUGCCAAGAGUUCAUAUAAUCAAGGAAUUCAAGAAGCAGCUACCAAAACCUGACUCCGAAGAAAAAACAUAGUCGCAGUGUUGCCGAAAUUAGGAAAUUUUAAUUAAUUGUAGUAUUUAUCUUGUUUUAAAUAAAAUAAUGAAACUUU